CACGCGUCUAAUUACGAAAAGGAGACUCUCAAUCCCUCACGGCUACUUACCCCAUUAACAAUCAUGAAGCCCUCACUGUUAGUCUUCAAUCCUCAUGGAGACAUGGAUUUGAUUCUUCGGCAAUCGAGGGCACAGCGUAUUCAAAAAGCUACACAUGGAUCGUCUUCCUCCGACGGUGCUAAUGAGGAGCCAAGUGGUUAUACCACAGCGACGGAGGGUAAGGUCGGGCAUGAACAGGGUCCUCUCGUGGAAUUCAAGAACAUUUCUUCCUUUAUCCACACAGUUGAAGAUCUGAGAGACAUGGGAUCGUUGAAUGAGCACGGGCAACACAUUGAAUUACGCUACCGUGUGUCAUCAGCCCACUUAGCGCUUGCCUCUCCAGUUUUCAAGGCGAUGGUUGAUAGAUCAUCUGCCACGAUUGACUUGAGCAGCCGCAGCAAAAGCGGAUUUAGUCAGUAUGCUGAAGCGCUGCUCAUCUUGCUUGACGUCAUCCAUGGACACCACAAGAGCGUUCCAAAGGCGAUGAGCCUAGAGUUGUUGAUUGAGCUAUGGAGGCUUAUCGAUAGCCAUCAGUGUCACGAAGCCGUGGAAAUGUUUGUUGAUCAUUGGGUUGCCUCUGUUAUUGACAAGGAUAAGAUCAAAGAAUCUGGCUUGGAAACAAACAUGUCUCGGCUUUAUAUCAGUUGGGUGUUCGCCAAAGGCGAAUACUUUGACUUACUGGUUCACGACAUCCUAGGGUCGAGCGUAGGCCCGAUACAGACAGAUCUGCCAUUGCCGGCGAGAAUUCUAGAGUCACUAGAGCACAGGAAACAAACUAUUAUGGAUCAAGGCCUGAAGAGGAUAUAUGGGCUACUAGAGAAGCUCUGGACUUGUCGCUGCAGUUCGGAAGACCCUUGUGCCCUGGCGCUAGGAAGACUUAUGAAAGGGAUGCGCCGCUUUGGUUUGGAGAUACCAAGACCAGCUAACCGGCCUUUCAACGAAAAGAGCUUCGUACAAUUGUGUGAUUUCACAAAUCGCAUCAACUUGAAACCAGAUGAACAUCCGUAUAUGUGCCAUGUUCCCAGAUUAAGGAGACAAAUGAGCUACUGGAAGAAGGAAAUGUCUGAGCAAGAUAUCUGCGAUGGUGUGAGAUUCAGGGAUUUCAAGGUGGCCCAGUCGACGCAAGGGGGCAACGAACCAAGUCACAAGAGAAAAAGAGAGGCCAGUGUGAUCAUUACUAACACAAGAGUAUGUACUUGAGCCCGGGGGGGUUGCAAUUGAUUUUGAGGAGAGCUUUCUUAUGAAUACUGUACUAUAGUUAGAAUACGAGGAGGGUUAGAUGCGGGAGAGAUUACUGAAUGCAAUUGGGUUGAAGUUUUGCAGAGAAGUGGGUCAUUCCAAGGCUUAGAACCAGUCACAGAACUAUCCCUGGUUUGUCUUUCAUUUCGUAGCAUUUUGGUUAGUAUAUACCUGGUUUUGUCUCGACAAUCGACAUA